UGAAACCAUAGACUAUAUAUAAAAAGGUUGAAACGCUCGGUUUGACAUCAGCGAGAUUUGGUUUUAUAGUUUCACACGUUUGUAAUUUAUACUUAGACCCUCCGUUAAAGUGUCAAGUGCAUUUUGUUUAGCUUUUAACUGUUAGCUGGCGUUAGCUAAAGGUUUUCACCAUGUAUCGUUAAUUAAGUAAAGCUAAUUUUCAGAAACAGAGUUUAGCAAAGCCAGACUAACGUUACAGUUUUAGGAAAUGUUUACUGUGGUACUUCUCCAAACGGUUCAUGAGGCAGGAUGGAGGCGUGUAUGAUGAAGCCAGAAGCCAAAAGGAAACCAAAGCUGCCAAAACCUCCCCCAAAGCCUGCUGAGAUAAAUGGAAAUGACACAGAGAGGUUGGAGAAAUCAACUCCUCUGGUGCCUCAGCGGCCUUCAGAUGCGGAGCUCACUCAGACACAAUACUGGAUGAAAACAACAAACAAUGAGGGCGCAGAGUCUUUACACAGUGAGCUCUCUGCCAGCACUGAAAGCUUGUCGGAGAACAAGGAGAAAGGCGUUUUUUUCAGUGGACUCCUCAGAAAGACUCCCAAAACAGCUAGAGAGGAGAAUCCAUCUGCACAGAAAGAUUCACCCUGCGAUGACAGUCUGUCUGGGGCUGCCAACACGAAGGAAAAAAAAGGAAUAUUUAAUGGAAUAUUCAAGAAAACUCCCAAACCUGUGGAAGCUGCUCAUCCUGAAGAGGAGAAAGGUGGAGGGUUGUUCAGCGGACUCCUGAGAAAGACUCCCAAAGCGUCUGAAGAAAAAACAGAGUCACCGAGUAGAGAGCCUCAGAAAGACCUGUCUGAGAAUAAUACCACCAAGGAGCUGGACAUGAAAAGUGAAAAUCAGUUAUCUGGCAGCUGUGAGAAUCUGUUUCACACCACCGUCUUGAAGGAGAAAAAAGGAGGCCUGGCUGGCAUCUUCAAAAGAUCAGUCAGCACUGACAACCUGUUUGACGAGGAGAAAGGUGGGCUGUUCAGUGGACUUCUCAAGAAGACACCCAAAGCAUCUGGAGAUGAGGCAGCUGCAGAGGACAAGGACGACAAACUGUCAGCAAGUAACAACAGUCUGUUUGAAAACAGCAACACCAAGGAAUUAAACACAGAUGAGGACAAGUUAUCUGCCAGUUGGGAAAAUCUUUUAGACGCAACCACAUCAAAGGAGAAGACCGGAGGACUAGCAGGGAUCUUCAAAAAGUCUCCCAAACCAGCUCUGCGCGCAAUCGUUACUAAGGAUCCUCUCAGUGACACAAGGAAACUGUCUACCAGCUGCGACAGCCUCACAGAAACUGCACAGGAUGAUUUUGGUGAAUUGUCGACCAUUAAUAAUACACUUUCUGAAGCCACAAGCACCACAAAGGAAAGUGAGGACAUGGAGGCACCAGAAGGAGGCGGGCUGAGAGGCAGGAGAACCAUUAAGAAAAAAAGACGAGUUGUGUCGUUCCGAAUCAAGAAAACACUUCCCAAAAUACCCAAGCUUAGUCUCACUUCACAGGGUUCAGACAAGAUGCCUUUUUUUGAGGAGACCUUUGAGCUGCAAGAGCUGAACCCAGCACUGGUUAGCAUGAUGGAGAGCACAGUAGAGGUCCAGCCUAUGGAGAUGGCAGCUUACCCUACUGAAGACACCCCCCUUGAAUCUGAGCAGGAAAUUGAUGAGUUGAUGGAGUGGUGGAACACCGUCAGAGGUUGGACAGACUGGAACGAGUCCUCCAAUUUCCAGGAAGGCAAUGAGGAAAUGGUGAUGGAGCAAGUAGCUGAUCGUGUCUACAUGGCAGCCCGUCUGUUUGUGCAUCUUUUCAACCAGCGGGGGGCGUCCUUACAGCAUCGAAUCCUGGAGCUUUUGGCUCUGGCCGACUCUGCAGAUCAGUUUCACAAAAGAACGGUGACAGCUGCUGUGGGUGGAGGGGUGGCCAGUGUCGCAGGCAGCGUGGCAACAAUCACAGGGCUCAUUCUGGCCCCUUUCACUUUUGGUGCCUCUGUUAUUGUCACAGCGGUGGGGAUCAGUGUGGCGACAGCGGGGAGCAUCACGUCAGCGACAGCCAAUAUCACAGAUACAGUUCACUCCAGCAUGGACCGCAAGAAGUUGGAGAAGAUGAUUCAGAGCUACCAGGAAGAGAUCAAAGACAUCAGAGAAUGUUUGGAGUUCGUAAAGGACAGUAUGGAUGCCCUGCAGCAGUGGGACUUUGAGGAAUACUCAAAUAGCGCUGGCAAAAAGGCUCUGAACCGCAGCCUCAAGCAUGUGAUGAAGGAGGGCGGCCGAGCCGGAAAAGCCCUGAUGAUCAACACCAAUAAGCUCAUCAGCACUGUGAAGAUUUUAGGCACUGCAGGCGGCGCCGCCAGAGCUGCCAAGGCCAUCAGUGUCACCACAGGAGUUAUGUCAGCCCUCUUCCUUGCUCUGGAUGUUUUCUUCCUUGCCAAAGACUCCCACGAGCUCCGCAAGGGAGCCAAAACUAAAUUUGCCUCCAAGAUCAGGGACGUAUGUAAAGAACUGCAAGACGGCCUCCUGGAGCUGAACAAGGUGAAGACGCAGCUGCAGAAAACCAUGGACGGCAUCGAAGUGGAGGAGUACGAGGACAUUGAGGAUGUGGAGGUGGAGGUUGACGACAAUUUGGAAUCUGAUCCAAAGAAGCUGGCUGAGCUGGAGCAGGAGCUGGACCUCCUGGAGGAGAAACUGGACAAGAAAGUCGUGGAGGAGCAGAAAAAGGUGAAGAAGGAAAAGUUCAAAAGUAAGAAGGAGAAAAAAGAGGAGAAGAGCAUGAAGGAAAAAGACAAGCCAGAGAAAAAGGAGAAGGAAACGGGAAGAAAGUAUGCUAAGAAAGAGGGAAAGAAGGAAAGUAAGAAGGGAAAAGGUGAGGGAGGAAUCAAGGUUGAGUCAAAAUUAGACAAGAUGUCUGAUGAGGAAAAAGAGCAGAAAAAGGAGACUGUCAAAGCAGCCGAAGAUGAAGUUUUAAAAGAACAAUCUCAGAAAGGCAGGAUGAAGGACCAAGAAACUGUGAAUCGAAUUACAGCUGGAAAAGUAAUUUAUGAGAGCAAGCCAGACAAGGUGAAAGAAGACAACGGUACAAAUAAAAAGACGGACGAGAAGGAAAAAGAAAUUAUGACUGGAAAAGAACACAAGGAAAUUAAGAGCAGAACAGGCGAUUUAAAACGAGAGGACCGGAGUGCAAACAUAUAUUCUGAGAGGGUCAAGACAGAGAGGGACAGAAGUAAGAGCAGCAGAGAGGAUGAAAGCGUAAUGAAUGAAGAGAAAGAGACAGACACUGAGAGUGCAAGGAGACACAGCAGCAGGAGCGACAAAGACAGACCCCACAGGAGUGAAAGAGGAAGCAAACAUGGAAAUAAAGAAACCAAUGAGGAAAGAAGCAACAGGAAAGAGAGGUGGAGGAAGACAGGGGAGGAAAGAGGAGUUAGUGACCAGGGAGCGGAGAUGGCAAAAAGUAGAGAUGGGAAGAGAGAAAACCAGGAGGGAAGAGAAUCUAAGAAAGAGAGAGGGAUGGAAAGCGAAGCUCGUGGAAAAAGCGGCGGGACGAAGAUCUCACAUCGAAGUCACGACAUGGCGACGCAGAGGGAGCUUUCGGAAAGAGAGUGUUGGAGCAGCAGAGAGGAAUUUGACUCAAAGAGGAGUCACCACAGGAGAGGGACAGCCCCGCAUGAUGACCGGAGGGAGAGAGGAGAUGAGAAACAAGGGAGCAGGACUAAGAACGCAAGGAGGCUGUAUGAGCAAGCAGGGGGUGAGGAGGAAAGGAGGAAGAGGAACGAGGAUGGACAGAUUCAGAGGAGGGACAGAGAAAGAAGAGGAAGUGACAGAGAGCAUGGACACCAGAGCCACCGAGGAUACCGAGCACGAUCCAACGCGCUGCUGGAAGACGGACUGAAUAUUUAGUUGUUAAGAUAUUAUCUUUGGCAUUUCAUUUCAAACAUUAACACGCCAUUAUUAAUUCAAGGUUAGGUUUGGAUUAUUUGAAGUCUGUCUUAAAGUCCAACUGGAAUUUAAGAGACAGGUGCGAAGGAGAAGGGCGAGCGGAUCACAAGCUGCAAAUAAACUCCAGCACACGGUCAGGCAAA